GCAAAACUUAGUCUAGACACAUUUUGUUUAUUGUGAGAUGGAAAUAUUAUUCACAUUGUUUAUAUUGUUACUGUGUUUAUUGCUGUAUUUUUACAACAAAUAUGUUUACAUUUUCGACAAAAACCUGAAAGAUUAUCCUGCUCCUCCCCAAGUUCCUAUCUUGGGACACACCCUGGAUUUUGUUUCAGGAAAAGGAUUUUUGGACGUUUUGUUAAGCUACACCCACAAAUAUGGCGACAUAGUUCGCAUUAGACCUGGCCCAAUACGCCAGUUACUGCUAACAUCAAAUUACAAGCUCUUUGAAGCAGUUUUAUCGAACGCAAAAAUCACCAAAAAAUCAGCAGAUUACAAGUUCUUCCACCGUUGGCUGGGCACAGGUCUUCUAACAUCAGAUGGGGCAAAAUGGAAAAAACACCGACAAAUCAUCACUCCCACAUUCCAUUUCCAAAUUUUAGAAAACUUUGUUGACGUUUUUGAAAAAAACGGAAAAAUCUUGACCAAACAGCUGGAAAAACACUUGAACGAAGACUCUGUUAAUGUUUAUGGUUUUGUUAAUUUGUGCGCCCUUGAUAUAAUUUGUGAAGCGGCAAUGGGGACUUCAGUCAAGGCUCAAGAAAACAUGAAUUCAGAAUACGUCCGAAGUGUCAAAGAUUUGUUGGACACGUUAAUGGGGCGAAUUUUCUCGCCGUAUAAAAUGAUCGAUUUUAUUUAUUUUUUCACUGAGGAUUACAAGAAGGAAAUGAAAGCGUUGCAAGUGAUUCAUUCGUACACCAGAAACGUGAUUAAAAGCCGCCAGGCUGCAAUUAACAGCGGAGAGUUUGAGCAAAAGACGAAAAAAAAUUUUUUGGACCUCCUGCUCGCAGCCAAUGAACAACAGAUGACGCUUGAAGAAAUUCGAGAAGAGGUCGACACUUUCAUGUUCGCUGGUCACGACACUACAGCCUCGACCAUAAGCUUUGCCUUAUUUUGCCUGGCAAAUCAUCCGGACGAACAAGCUAGGGUUUAUAGGGAACAAAAAGACAUUUUCGGGGACGAUUUCAAACGCGCUGUUACUUUCCAGGAUUUGAAAAAAAUGAAAUAUCUGGAAUAUGUUAUCAAAGAAACGCUCAGACUCUACCCUGUUGGGCCUUUCUUUUCCAGAGAACUGGACAAGGACGUGCCUUUUGCCGGCAAAGUCCUGCCGAAAGGUCUCACUAUAACGUUGUUCAUCUAUGCUAUGCACAGAAACCCGGAAUAUUUUCCAGACCCGGAAAAAUUCAAUCCGAGUCGAUUUGAAACUUUCGACGGAAAAAUGCCUUUUGCGUUCGUACCUUUUGGUGCUGGACCUCGUAACUGCUUAGGGCAAAAAUUUGCCAUGUUGGAGAUGCUAAGUGUCGUAUCACGGGUCGUUAGAACUUACAAAAUUCUACCAUCGAUUCCUCGGCACGAAAUAAACGUAGCGGCACAAGUGGUCCUCAUUUCGACAAACGGCAUGCGUAUGCGAUUUGAGAAAAGAAGUGAAUUUUCACGAAAAUAA